AUGAUUACUCUAUACCUGCUACUUACACUCGCUGCAUCUGUUUUUGGAAACGGAAAUUAUGAUGCAUUUUGUACGUCAAGAGGAUGUUGGCUACAGAAUGAUUCGGAAGUCAAGACACUUUCCAUAAGUCAGAGCUCAGACCUAGAUGUGCUAAAGUUCAUACCCAAACUCGAACACUUGGAUGUGUCCAGUUGUAACAGUGACUUCAAAAUGGACGUUUUGCCUCCGAUGGCCGAACUUAAAAGGAUCUGGAUUAAUAAGUGCCACAUUGCGGAAUUAAAAAAGAAACAGUUUGAAAAUUUAAUUCAAUUGAAUGAGCUCGACCUGGCCGGAAACUUUAUAGAAAAAUUGUCGAAUGAAUCGUUUCACAAACUCUCUAGCCUGCAGUUUUUAUAUCUUCAGAACAACUCGAUUGUGGUGCUCCCGGAGGGUGUCUUCAAUACGCUAGAGAAGCUUACUUGGCUGGACUUGAGAAAUAAUAAACUCUCCAACCUGAGUAAGGAUAUCUUUCAGGGGAUCACAAACUUGUUUGUUCUUUAUCUCGGAGGAAACCCGCUAAAAACCAUUAAUUUAGACAUUCCUCUUGGAAAGGACAUCCUUUCAUCGGAUAUAAAUUUGAAAUAUUCUGACCAUCUGAGGGACAUGCGACUGUUUGCUAGAGUGAGCUACCUAAAUUUGGAGAACAGCGGUCUGGAAAAAUUAGAAAUCCGCGGAUCAAUUAGUAAUAUAAUACAUAAAAACAGCAAAGUAACACAUGCGGAUUUCCAUGGCACUGAAUUCGGGAAAUCAUUUCCAGAAGUCCUUUGUAGCAUGCCAUCCCUUGAGUGGCUGGACUUGUCGAAUUCCGACAAAACUUUCAGUUAUUCUGUUUUUGAAUUCGAUAAGACAAGGGUAACGUGCGAUUUCCCUAACCUAAGGUUCCUCAACCUGUCUGCAAUUAGAAUUAGAAGCAUUCCGCGGAGGCUACCUCUUUUUGGUCACAAUCUUACCACCCUGGACCUGUCCCAUAAUUUCCUGAACGACAAAUCCCUAGAAGAUAUAUUUGAUUUGGAUACCUAUUAUCACGAAGAGGGAAACUUUCCAAAUCUCAGCUUCCUCAACAUGUCCAAUAAUGAAGUAAAACAUAUUCCUCUGAAGUUUCCUCUUUUUGGACCCAAUCUUAUCACAUUGGACCUGUCCCAUAAUUUACUGGAGGACGUAUCCCUGGAAUCCUUAGCUGAAGCCCAGUCUCUGCAAAGCCUUUACCUAGAGGGUAACCUGCUAAUGAGUUUCGAAUAUCUACCUGUUUUCUACGGUCUGAAAAACUUAAAACAGUUGGCCCUCUUCGACAACCUUUUUAAUGCCACUUUCUACGACGCGAUGACCAACUACUAUGACCACACGGAGCUGCAUUUAAUUCAGAAGAAAAAAAGGAUUAUAGAAAAGGAGGACCAGGAGAAGCACGAGAACUCAAAUGAGAAAGCAAAUCAGACACUUCCAAGGAGGCAGGAUGAUUUUAAUCAUGUAACUCCGACAACUUUUGGUAUAUUGUCAGAAACGGAGGACCAGGAGAAGCACGAGAACUCAAAUGAAAAGGCAAAUCAGACACUUCCAAGGAGGCAGGAUGAUAUCAGUCAUGUAACUCCGACAGCUAUUUGUAUACCGUCAGAAACCGAGAACCAUCAACCAAGCGAAAACGUACAUCAGACACCUUCAAAGGAAGUGAACCAGAAUUUAAAGGGUGCCAAGGACCUAACCAUACCAGUCUCUAUGCUGACCGUGUUUAUUAUUAUGUGUGUGCUUAUGAUAGUCGUCCUCAAUAUCAAUAAGUGUUAA